UUUUAAUUUCAAGUUUUACCGAUUUGAUUUUUAAGAUAGAUUUUUGUUUCUGAAAUUUGGUUUUGUUUGCCUUUGGUUCUCUGUUUUCAUCCAUUGUUGCAGAACACAUGAGACUGAGUACUCUGUUUCUUGGAGAUUAAGAUACAGAGCAACUCACAAUUCUACUAUCCUUCAGAUGAUCAAAAACUCUUACAAAAAAUGUCAGAUUCAGAUAAGAAGAACAGCAAUGAGAAUCGAAAUUCAAUGUCAGCAUCAUAUGUAUCAGAUCUUCAUAUCAACGUUAAGGGUGUUCCAUUUCAUCUUUGCAAAGAAAUGUUAGCAAAGAGAUCGUCCAAAGUGAGCUCAUUACUCGAGCGAAACGAGAUCGAUGAGCUGCGUUUGAUCCUACGAGAUUUAGAAGUCGAUCCAGAAACCUUUGAGCUCGUCGCUAGAUUCUGUAAUGGCUCUGAAUUCAAGUUUACAUCUGAUACCAUCGUCUCUGUUCUCUGCAUCGCGUAUUACUUAGGGAUGAAUGAAGAACAAAGCUCUAAUAACUUGUUAGGCAAGGCAUCUGAGUUCUUAGAGCACCGAGUUUUUCCGAGCUGGAGUGAGACAAUAAAUGCUCUUCGUUCAGGGGACAAGAGUUUUGACAAGCUAGCUGAUGUUGGACUUGUUGAUGUGUUCUUUGAUUCCCUUAUCGAAAAAGCUUCCUACGAUCCAAGACUCCUUGGUGAACUGAUCAAGAACAGAGCAGAAACCGAUGAUUAUAGACCUAACCCUAGGAGAAGAUUGUUUGUUAUAGAUUGGAAAUCGGAAGAUUUGAUCACAAUUCCCCUUCGGUUAUAUGAACCUUUCAUGAUCCGAGCAAUCAAAUCCCGCAGCAUUCCUGUGGAAUACAUCGUGUUAUCUGUCUGUAAAUACGCGAAGAAAUGGGUUUUCGAUACAGAAGAAAGCCUUUCAGGGCAAAAGAGAGAAGCAAUUGAAGUGGUUGAGAGGCUUUUGCCAUAUCAGAGGGGGCUAAUCUCUUGUGAACUCUUAUUCGAAUCGCUAAAACAUUCAAUCUGGUUAGAAGCUAGCUCUGAAUGUCAAAACGGAUUCAUGAUCAGAAUCUGCAAGCAGCUCGACAUGGCUAAAUCAACUGAUCUCAAGAUUCUAUCCCGAGGUUAUGGAGAAAAAGCUGAGGGUUUCGAAAAUAUUGAGCUCGUUAAGACCGUCGUAAAGAGCUUUUACACUUACUACGCUAAUGAAGACUCUGAAACUGUUUCACAUUUCGUGAAAGUAGCAAAACUGUCGGAAGAAUUUCUGUUCUUGGCUGCAAGUGAGGCUUCUCUGAAGCUCGAGGCUUUUGUGGAGUUAGCGGAGAUGACAGUGGCUGUUUCGCAAGGUAUUUUGAGCUACUCAGAUGGGAUUUACAGAGCCAUUGAUGUAUUCUUGGAGAGCCAUAGAUACUUAACUGAAUCAGAGAAGAUGGAAGUUUGUAAAGUUCUUGAAUGUGGUAAACUCUCUCAGGAAGGAUUCGAACGAGCCGCGAAAAACCAGAAGCUUCCUCUUAGAAUCGUUGUUAAUGUUUUGUGCGUUUCUCAGCUUCAGAUACGUGAUACAGUGGCUAAAGAGAUUAAGGGUAUGGAAGAGAAAGUAGAUGAAGAAGAAGAAGAAGAAAUUGAGGUUUCGAGCGAUGAAGAUGAGAUGGAGAAGAUGAGUAAUAAGUUAUUAGGACUUGAGAUUGAGAAUGAUGAAUGUGUUGUUCAUCGUCGGAAGAAUAUGAAGAAGAAGAAGAAGAAGAUAAGUGUGUGGGGGCAAGUGAAGAGGAAGUUUGGUUGCUUGAAUUCUUCUUCUUCUUCUUAUUCAGUUGAUGCUUGCACCUGUGAUGUCAAGAAGAAGAAGAAGAAGAUUCAUCAUCACUACGAAUAACGAAUACAUUCAGUUCAUGUUCUGUUCUUGCUCUGUUUCUGACAUUGGAGAAACAAUUUUUCAGGUUCUGUUUUUUUUGUGGUUACUGAUUGUCUUAUAAUUCUUCAAAAAUCCAUAAGCAUAAAAAAAUUAAAGCUACAACAAAACAAAUUCUUCUAUGGGUCUUUUACAUGGUAAUUAGUUCUUACUUAAAGAACAACAUUCCUUGACUCACACGUCAACGAGAGAGGUAUCUUUCUCAAAGCCUCUAUCUCUCUGUUCAAUCUUGUUUGCACAACCUGAAAGAAAAAAAGAUCAGGUCUUGAUCCCAGCGAUAGAUAUCGAUCAUCCAGUCUCAGAUCAUUUGUUUCCGUUCGAUACUCUUAAUGGAGUCCUAUCGCAGUCCUCAUCGACACUACUCUCAUCAUCAUCGCUCUUUGAAUUCGAUCUACCAUUUUCUUGAUCUUCUUCUUCUUCGAUUCGCAUAUGAUCCUGAAUCAGAUUAUUAGAACUACUCUCGUUGUGAUCUUCCUCUUUUCCACCUUCUUCAUCCCCAAGAACCACCACAUUCCCGAAUUGCACGUGCUUCUCACCUUCCCUCGGUGAAUUCCUCGGCGCCGGAUCCGAAGUUGUCGUGACGGUUUCCGGAGCCUUGUUAGGAUCGCCUUUCUCCGGAUCGAAACUGGUAACGCUCUUGCUAUUAAAGAUGGUGCUCUGGCUAACAAAGAUGACGCAAGGUUUGAGGACGCAGGAGUAAACGUAAGCCAAGAACCAAAAGAGCCAAGGGACACCAACAAAGACCAUACCCGCUUGUAGAAACAGAGGGUUCGGAUCAGAACGGACCAGGUAAAGUCCUAAAAGGACUCCUCCUAUGAGGAUACAUGAAAGGAAGAGAACAGUGAUAAUGUAUAUUCUUGGAUCACCUUUUCUCUGA